AUGAAGAAUAAUAUCUCUCCAAAGGAUAAGGAAGAUGAGACAAGGGAAUGUUGUACCAAGGAAUCAUGUGAUUACAAGCCAAGAAAACCUGUUUCUGAUUUCAUAAUCCCUCACAUUCUCAAUCUAUAUGGGGCUUCUCCCACAGCUCGUGACUUUGAAAUCUAUGCUCCAAAUGCUUCCUUUGAAGAUCCGCUCAUGUGUGCUCAUGGGGUGAAGCAGAUCAAAUCAGCAUUCUAUUCAAUUUCUAAGGUUUUCAGCGAAUCAAAAAUUGUUGAAUACAGUGUGAAAGAAACAGCAAUGUCACCAACAAAGCAAGAGAUAUUAAUUGACAACAAGCAGCACUAUAAGUUCCUGGGUAGAAAUAUAGACAUGAUAUCACUCAUUAAGCUAUAUGUCGAGGAUGGGAAGGUUGUUCGUCAUGAAGAUUGGUGGAACAAGAAGCCAAUUGGAAAUAGAGAAACAAUCAAGUUUCCACUACUGGGCCACGUUAUGGAAACACUUCGCAGGGGUUCAAUGCUUGCAACUCAUGCUAUGAUGGGUUUCGGGAAGGACCCAACCACGUAA